UCAAUUAUUGCUGCUUAAAAUUCCAAAGCAAACCCCACACCCACCGUUCACGAGGCACUAAUCUAGUAAUCUUCUGCAUAAAGCUGCUUUAAAUACAAAACAAAAAAACAGGAAAAAGCAAAAACACAAAAAAAACAGAAACAGAGUCUGACUACUCUCUCUCCUCUCCACCAUGGAGAACGCACCCUCAGUUCUUCUAAGCUUCGAACCAGCCCCCUUCCCCGCAUCGCCAAGCAGCGUGGACUUAUCUCCUCUUGAAUUCGUUCUCGCUCUUAUUGCCGUGGUCACCAUCCCAGCCUUAGUCUACGUCUUCUUCUUCGCCGUGAAGUGCCCUCCGAACCCUUUUCGAGGACGAAGAUACCGGAGCUCCUCAAGCGAGACCGAUGGAAUUAGUAACUUAGAUGGGGUUGCAGAUGUUGUUAAGGUUGAGAAAGAAAGCAGCCACGCUAGUAAAGAUGUUGUUGGUAGUGAGUGUCCUGUGUGUUUGAUGGUGUUCGUAGAGGGUGAAGAAGUGAAGCAACUGAGUGUGUGCAAGCACUCUUUCCAUGUUCCUUGUAUUGACUUGUGGCUCAAUUCUCAUUCUAACUGUCCCGUUUGUCGUGCUUCUGUCUCUGUUAAGCAAGGUUCGUCGGAUGCAUCUGAUUUGGUUUGAGUUUCACACUACUAUUUACUAUAUAUCUCUAGCUAGAUUCUUUAUCUUCUUCUUAUUUUUGUUUCUUUUUGCUUUUUCUUGAUCAAUUUCUUAGGGGUCGGGAAGAGAUCAAUGUUUUGUUUUAUGAAUUCUGUUUGCUUUUCAAUACCUUCAUCACCGACAAGUUGUAGUUAUAGUAUUGUUGUUUGAAGGAGAAAAAGAUGAGGGAAUCCAAGGCAGACAAAUAGGGUUAGUGAUGUCAAACAUUGUGUUUCGACAUCCUUGUCAUUUUUGUUUUCAACAAUUUUUAAAAUCUAAAAAUUGUUGUUCAUGUCUUAA